AUGAAAUGGUCUGCGCCAUUCCUCGAACUCAAUGGCGCGCUGAUCUCCCGCCCCAGCACUUGGCGGAGCCGUGCCUCCUUUCCCGGCGUCAUGUCACGCCAGCAGGCGGCUUGUUACUUGUACAGUCCUCGAGCUCCAAGCUCUCCACUGGCCUCGUCCAUUCGCGACGACGACCCCGCCGCCUCACCGGUCACUGCUACCCUCCUCCGACCAGCCGCUUCGAUCCCGACCGCCUCGGACCUCGAUGUCAUUGCCCUCAUUCUCUCGCCUCUGCACCUCCUGCAUCUAGAGAUCAUGGCCACGCUGAGCCAGGACGACAUUGAAAAGCUCUUUUCCGGCGCGCCCCAGUACUUUGCCCGUAAUGAGGGGCCCUUCAUCUCCGUCCCCAAUCCCUCCGUCGCAUUCCCCUUUGACGAGGACCUGCAGAUCCGUGAUCUGACUGACCACUGCCAGAUCGAGGCCAAGGCUUGGAGCGGCGUCACCGCCCAUCCGCAUCUUACCCGCGACCGCAACCAUGAUGCCGCCGCCGAGAAGCAGCAGGCUGAGCGCCGGAGCCGCGCGCACUUCUUUGUCCGCUGCCGCGAGCGCCCCAACAUGCUCAGCCUGCAGGGCCUCGAAAAGGGCACCAUGGGCUACCAGGCUGCGCUCGAGCUCGGCGUCAGCGACGCUCUCGAGGAGGAGCAGUUUGGCUUUGACAGCAUUGGCAAAAAGGCCCGCGCCAUUGUCGACGCACGCGAGCACAUGCUUGGCAACGAGGGUUGGCUGCACCGCAUCCCAGAGUCCGAAAUAUUGGGCCGCCUCCAGCGCAAUGGCAACAUUUACCGAAAUAACGACCUUAGGAAACGCCAGUCCUCCGAGUCCUACAACGACUUGUUUGGUAACUUUAUGCGCCCCCGCUACAUAGCCCUCGACAAAAAGGACGUCCACGGCUUGACCAACCAGAUUGUCGCCAUUCUCAAGUGUCUUGCCACGGCCAAUGUCUGGAUUGACUUGUCGCAUGUUGAGUGGCGCAUCCGUCUUGGUCAGAUCCUUUGGGGAGAGCCCCACGGUGACCGUCUGGAUGGGGAUUCUAGCAUACACAAUACGGAAUGCUCCGACGAAAUGGCCGAGGAGAAAUAUUGGCUUCUCUUGCAAAUUCUCAUGGCCACAGAGCUUCUUAUUCGGCUUGAUGCCGUCACUCAGGGCGAGGAGUAUGGUGCUGGAGCUUUUCGACCUAUUGACGUCGUCCAGUUCGAGCGCGCCGCCAACUCGACCGUGAAAUGGUCACUGCUGCUUGCGCGCAGCUGGCUCGAUAACAUUGACAUUGUCGCAGACGGAGAAUCUCCUCAAAAGGAGGCUACCAAGGAAGAACUUUCGAAUGAUCACGACGCUACUCUUGUCAAGAGCAUAAUGGCCAAAAGUGCCAGCUGGUUGGCCGUCAUUGCGAGCCAUAUGCCCUUCAACCAUCACCACAACCAUCAUCACAUGACGCCAGCAUUUCCAGCGCGGCGCUAUAUUAUCAAAGGUAGAAACGGACAGCGCCAAGUCGACGGUCUUAUUCACUUUGCCAAAAAGCUGAGAUGGCCUGGUAUCGAAGACUAUGAAGCGCGCAUUACUACUCACAUGCGAGAGGCCGUGAAGAAGAAACCCGACACCUCCAUGUGCGAUUGCGGCUACGACUCCAAAUCCAAAGAUCACUCCAACGACGACUAUUUCGGUACGUGGGAUGUUACUUGCCAGCGAGGCAACCACAAAGAACGAGCCAGAGCCCGACGCAGACGACUCGCGGCCGCCUUGCACCCAUCUGGGUGGAUGUCCAAGUCAUACAUUUUUGGACUCAUGCUGCCAGGCGAUGGACUGUCGCACUUUCUCAUGGCAACACUGCUCGAGAAUGAUGACGUUGCCAUGAGCAAGCUUGGCUCCUUUGCCAAUCUUUGUGGCGGGUUUGUCUACUCUGGUAUGAGUUUCUGGAGCACAUCGUGCAUCGUCGGCCGAGUGCUUGCAGCUGGAAGUGGCUCUGCUGAGUGUAUGGGCUGGAUCUCAACGAACAUUGUACCCAUGGGCGUAGAAGAAGGUUGGCUUAAUAUUGACGUCAAGGAUGUGGCCGAGGAUGUUGCAAACUUGGGCAAAAAGUCGAGAAUAUGGGCAAAACGACGUCUCGAGCGUGAUUCUUCCAUUGCUGGCGACGGAGAAGAGGAAUCAGCAUCGCCGGCCGACUUUACUAUGCCCUGGGAAAACCGAUAUCAAUCCCCUCCACCCAAUGUAUUCGUCGACUUUGCAUCUUUGGAGCUCUCCCCGUCCGCUUUAUCGCUUCAUCCCACACCACUGCCUGAGAUUAUGGCCACUCCUCGGCAUGAAUCUGCGCCGGCUCCGGAUCUCUUUUCUCGACCCGCUUCACUUAUUUUUCGUGUUGGCAUUGACGGAAUUCCUGACAGACAACAUAUAAUCUCUCUACUUUACGAUGUAAAUUUUGUCAAUGCUCACCCAUGUUCGCCACCGCGUGGUGUACGAUUCGUCAAGUCGCCGUCCAGCCCGACUAUUCGCGAAAUCGACGUGUCUGGAGAGGCAUCACUCGGCAACGCAUCGCGUGCUCUACAUCGCAUGGGCCAUCCCUUGCACAAGUUUUUCAACUACAAAGUCGUGCACAUAUCCGAGGUGAUUCAAAAGAAGCACCAGCCGCUGUCCGAUCUCCUGGGCGUCGGCUAUCCCGAAAACAAGGCCCCUGGCAACACCGUUCUCGUCAUUGACUGCAUGACUCAGAUUGUCGAGCUGCCGCAGUCGCCGGUGCUCGAGCGCCUUGCUUCGCCGUCGACCUCGCCCCAGGCCGACCGCAAGCAGGGCUUCUCCUUUGCCGCCAACAUGCACUACGAGUCGCAUAAGCGGCAAUCGGGAUCGGACAUGGAGAUUUUAGUCCGCAGCCUCUGCUCCGAGCAGGGCUGGAAUGCUAUUAUCAGCCGUCGCAAGCGAGGCUGUCUUGCGUGCGCGAUUCGCGAGGCUGGUGCGCUGGGCUACAAGGUUAUUGUGCGAGUGGACUAA